AUGAACCUGGAAAACUACUGGUGGACCGAUGACAACCUCACGGCUGUCUGCGACUCAGGCUGUGCUGAAGCCGUUGGAUCGUGGAACUACAAUGUCUCUGACCCCUGCUUCGAGCAAAGUUUCACAGCAUAUGGGAAGCUUGUGCCAAUAUGGACGGUGACUGAGCGUGUUGUUGACAAUCUUAUCUUUGCCUGUUUGCCCUCUCGAUCCGACAACUACACAUACUGUCUCACAGAAUCUCAGGAGUGGGUCGGAGCUGAUGUGUUGCGGGUUGACUGUGAUGCCAACCCCUCAGAUCCCACUUGCGGCGGCAACUCCACGGACAUCCCCGAGGCGAACGUUCGCCUGGCCAACCUAUACGAAGACGACAUUCUCUACACUCGCAUCUCGUCCAUCUUCCUGCCGGAUACCGACUACUCAGAGUAUCUCGCAGACCAGAUUUUUGAUAUCUCGGACGUUUGCAACAAAACUGUUCCCGACUUCACUGUUGCACUGCCUUGGGAUUAUCAGACUGCAUCGACCCUGUCUUCCGUAAACGUGGGAUCUUCGACGACUGCCGUAGCCACUGCCACCUCCACGGCUGCUGCCACGACCACAUGCGUUGGUCAGACUCUUGGCUCUGCCGCCGCGUCAAAGAGGGAUCAUGCUUUGGACUGGAUCAAAAGGUCCACUCCCGGUUUGAAUCCUAGGCAGGCAUCGACAUGCGAUGACUUAUCGUCUCAGUAUGGUGUGAGCACCGGCGCGCUUCAAUGGUUCACCAACAGCGAUACCUGCGCUGUGUCUGGCUCGGUGUGUCUUCCUCAGCGGUGCACAUUACAGAAAGUCGGAAGCAACGAGACGUGUGCGAGUAUCGCGGCAUCUGUCGGAGGUGACACUACUAUUGUCCAGUUUAAGAAGUGGAACACGUACAUCCUCGGACUUUGUGACAAUCUGACAGAGGGCCAAUGGGUAUGCAUAAGUUCUCCUGGAGUCAACGCUACAUACACAUUGCCUGCGCCGCCCUUGGGCACAGAAGCCAAUGCCGGAAAUCAACAACGAGGAGGAGCUGGCGGCAUCGUUUCGGCCACGACGACCGCAACAGACAUUGUCAACCCUGUGUCAGGAGGAACGGCCCCUAGCCCAACCCAAGACGGGCUUGUCACCAACUGUAAUAACUACGCCAGUGCUACUGCUGGAGACGGCUGUGAGGCGUUUGCCACGCGCAACUCGAUUGCACCAACACAGCUCUAUGCAUGGAACCCUGUCCUCGGCACUGCUGGUUCUGAGUGCUCAACCGCCUUAUGGGCUAGUGAGUACUACUGCAUCGGCACGUGGAAGCCAACUCAGACUUCCGCCGUGACUGCACCGGGCCCAACUCAGACUGGCAUUACGUCCAGCUGCAACAAGUACGCAAAAGCAAACUCUGGUGAUGUCUGUACCGUCUUUGCCUCUCGCAACAACAUUACGACCGCUCAGCUCUACGCUUGGAAUAGCGUGCUGGGAGCCAACGGAGAGAAUUGCGCUGGUUCCAUGUGGGCCGACGAGUACUACUGUGUCGGUGUAUCUGGGUCAUCGUCCGCAGUCGCGACGACACAAGCAACAACAGCCACGGCUGCAGUCUCUACAACUGCUACGCAAGUCACAGCUCCUGGUCCAACUCAGACUGGCAUCGUCUCGAGCUGCUCCAAGUUUGCCAAGGCACCGUCCGGAGUAGUCUGCGGCGACUUUGCGAGCAGCAACAGCAUUUCAACUGAUCAGUUGUACGCAUGGAACACAGUCCUCGGUACCAAUGGAGAGAACUGUGCGUCUUCGAUGUGGGCCAAUGAGUAUUACUGCGUCGGCAUAACUGUGGCUGCUCCGGGUCCGACGCAAGAUGGCAUCAACUCCAACUGUGCUCGCUACGCUGAGGCGCCUUCAGGUGCGACCUGCACCACAUUUUCAAGCGCCAACGGAGUCACCUUGGCCCAAUUGUAUGCUUGGAAUCCUGUCUUGGGGACGAAUGGCGAGAAUUGCGCUACAAAGAUGUGGGCUCAGGAAUAUUACUGUAUUAGUGUUACUAAGUAG